AUGUCGCUUACGGAGUACGCUAAAGAGCUUGAGGCCUUUUUGGUCAAACAAAAGGCGCUGUUGGAACAAGACAAACAACGUUUACGAGCGCUUGUGUCGAGCGACUUGCAGAAGCCAGAGGACGAACGCAAACCAGAAUCGAUAGAACAACACGAAUCGCCGAAGGAAAACGUAGAACCCGAUGUUGUGACCGAUAAACUUUCGAAGGAGAUGGCUAACCUUGGAAUUAGUAUCAAAAGAGCGCCGGAACCGACCGUUAUUGACCUAAUGGAAAGAGUCAAUAGUAAAACAGUGGCCAAACGUGAUCGUACCCGUACUGAGUUGGCCAAUAUUGACUCACAGCAGGCAGCCAAGCGUCCUCCGUCGCCGCACCUCGUCAUGGCCCCGGUCCCGAAGCCGGCAGCAAAUGCUUCGCCAACACAACAAAUGUCGCCUCAACAGGAUGCAAUGGAACAGUGGGUUUCGGAUACGUUCUUUUCGUACUUUCCGAGUUUCAACAAAAAGCAGAAGGACCAGAAAGUGGUCCUUUCCCGCGCCCGUCAGGAGGAGUACCAAGAGUAUUUGAAAAAUGUAAAUUUCGUUGCUAACGUGAUCCCGGAAGUGGCGUCCAAGCACCAGCAGUACAUUAAAAAGUACGGCACCGGUAAGGCGGCCAAGGGUGCUGCGGCGGCGACUGGCGAAGGCUCAAAGGAGCACGGCGCAGGAACGUCGAAUCCUCCGCCGGGCCCCAGUGCCGGUAUGGGCAACAGUCCGGCCCAGCCACAGGUUCGCUUCGGGAAGUCCUUGGUGGCGGAAGGGAACGCAACUUUCCGCAAAGGUAGCCCGCGCGAGAAGUUGAUUGAAGACUUAGCCCAUACUGAUCUGCCUACCAUUCUCAAUACAGACACUAUCGAUCGCAGGAAUAGGAUGUUGGCCGAAGAAGAAAGCCGCCGCAAGAUGGACUACCAACGGGACCUGAUUAAGCAGAUCGAGGAGAAGCGAAAAGAGGUCGAACGGAUGCGUGAAAAGGAAAAACUGGAAGAGGAAAUGUUGACCAGGUAA